AUCUGAUAUUUACUGAAGAGGAAAAGGUUUACUCGUAACCGAAGUGCGUUGAAUCCUCUGAUACACACUUGAGCAGACCGGAGCCGCCAAUCCCGUUUCUGGUCUCAUAUUCGCCAUUUUAUUUCUUCAAGUUGGUGUUAAUGGACUGCAGACUUCUUUCUUUCAAUCAGAUCAGUGGGUUUUCGUCUAAUUUCCGAGCAAUUUCUGUUCCACGAAGUAUUUCAUAUCGUUUGUCCUCUUUUACUCGGCCGGGGCCAUUUCAUUGCACUCCAAAUUGUUCGAUGAAGUCCUAUAGGCUAUCAGAUCUUACUACAUCCGAGGUUGAUAGCCUCAAAGCUCGUCCUCGAGUUGAUUUUUCUUCCAUUUUUGAUGUGGUUCAACCCAUUGUUGAUGAUGUACGCAGUAGAGGCGAUGCAGCUGUUAAAGACUAUACAAUGAGAUUUGACAAAGUUAAACUGGACUAUAUAGUUGAGAACGUCAAUGAUCUUCCUGAUCCUGAGCUUGAUGCAGCCGUUCAAGAAGCAUUUGACGUGGCGUACAGUAAUAUUUUUGCUUUUCAUGCUGCUCAGCAGCCAGUUGAGAAAAUUGUUGAGAACAUGGAAGGUGUUAGGUGCAAACGAGUGGCAAGGAGUAUCUCAGCUGUUGGUCUCUAUGUUCCUGGGGGCACAGCUGUUUUACCUUCAACUGCUUUGAUGCUUUCAGUUCCUGCCCAGAUAGCCGGAUGCAAAACUAUUGUACUGGCAACUCCCCCUACUCAGGAUGGCAGCAUUUGUAAGGAGGUUCUUUAUUGUGCUAAGAAAGCUGGUGUUACUCAUAUUCUUAAAGCUGGAGGAGCUCAGGCUAUUUCUGCCAUGGCUUGGGGAACUGAAUCUUGUCCUAAGGUGGAGAAGAUAUAUGGGCCUGGUAAUCAGUAUGUCACAGCUGCAAAAAUGAUCCUCCAGAACAGCGAGGCUAUGAUUUCAAUAGACAUGCCUGCUGGACCAUCAGAAGUGCUUGUCAUUGCAGAUAAACAUGCCAACCCAGUUCAUAUAGCAGCGGAUUUACUUUCACAGGCUGAGCACGGCGCUGACAGCCAGGUUGUUCUUGUAAUUGCUGGAGAUGGUGUGGAUCUAACUGUUAUUCUGGAUGAGCUCAACAAACAGUGCAAAAGCCUGCCAAGGGGAGAGUUCGCUUUAAAAGCACUAAGUCACAGCUUUGCUGUUUUUGCUCGUGAUAUGGUUGAGGCUCUCAAUUUUUCUAACUUGUACGCGCCCGAGCAUUUGAUCAUCAAUGUAAAUGAUGCCGAGAAGUGGGAAAGUUUAGUCCAGAAUGCUGGUUCUGUAUUUUUGGGUCAGUGGACACCUGAGAGUGUAGGAGAUUAUGCGAGUGGAACGAACCACGUUCUUCCCACAUAUGGUUAUGCUCGGAUGUACAGUGGCGUGUCUUUAGACUCAUUCUUGAAGUACAUUACGGUCCAGUCAUUGACAGAGGGAGGGUUGAAGAAGCUAGGCCCUUAUGUAGCAACUAUGGCUGAAGUAGAGGGUCUGGAUGCCCACAAGAGAGCUGUGACCCUCAGAUUAAAGGACAUCUAGAAACAUUAUUAUGUCAUUGGGAAAGAUGCCCUCGAACGAGAGGACGUUAAUGGAGAAUUACGUCUUGCCCUCAAGACUAGAGGCCAGAAAUAGAGAAUUAUGUCUCCAGAGAAAACAAGUGAAUUGCUUUCUAGAGGGAUGUAUUUUGUUGUCGUCCGCCUUGUAUUUGUGUACAAUUAUGCUGUAUGUUAUUUUAGAUAUUUCUGGAGAAAUUUCAUGGGAACAAUUGACAUCUUUUGGUGAUUUAACUUUUAACAAUUUACAAUUUGUACUUGAAUUCAGUGGUACUCAUUUGUGUGUUUAA